AUGUCGUCUCGCCUGGGCUUCCGCUUCCUCAACAACUCCCGCUUUGCUUUCCGCAAUGCUUCGGGACCUUUCCGCCGGUCGGGCGCCCAGGGCCGCCGCUUCCAGAGCUCCGACGCCGGCGCCGCCGAGCAGCAGAGCACCUUCCAGCGCCUUUGGAACGGCCCGGUUGGCGUGAAGACCGUGCAUUUCUGGGCUCCCAUGAUGAAGUGGGCUCUCGUCCUGGCCGGUGUCUCCGACUUCUACCGCCCUCCCGAGAAGCUCUCUCUGACCCAGAACGGCGCUCUCAUGGCGACCGGCGCCAUCUGGACUCGGUGGUGCUUGAUCAUCAAGCCCCGCAACGUUCUGCUCGCCGCCGUCAACUUCUUCCUCGGAUGUGUGGGUGUUGUCCAGGUGAGCCGGAUCUACAUGUGGCAGCGCAGCCAGCAAGGCUCGUCCGUCGAGGCUGCCAAGGAACUCGAACACGAGACCGCCGAGACCGCCAAGGGAGUGGCUUCGCAGGCAGAGACUGCUGUGAAGAAGGCUGCGGAGAAGUCGACUUAG